AUGGAACGAGCCUCCGUCGUCCUUCCAACCGUCAAGUGCAGCUCAUGCGCUAGCGAGAUCCCUCUCAACUCACUCGGCGAGCACGUCUGCGCCCCUCUCCCACCAAGGCAUAAGGCCAACAAGCCCAUGGUCAGCAGCGGUCUCGCACAAACAUCGCAGCGAGCCAAAUCCCCUCCACCUCCACCUCUCCGCAGCGACUUUAGCCCUUUAGUGUGCCCAACCCGCCUCGGUCAUGCCGAGCCACGUACUCCCAUGUCGGACGGCCUGGGGCGUUACCCCGACAUGCGCUCUCCAGUUGUCCCGGCCAUGCCGGAUACCACGUCUGGCGGUAACGCAGGAAUGGCUGGCGUUGGAAGACGCGCGUUCGCGGCCGCCGCUUGGAGCGUCCGUGCCGGUGUCGCCUUAGCCGCCGGCAGCGGACACAACUUCGAGGCCGACCAGGACGUGCAAUCAUCUUCUCCGCCGGGUGACAGCCCGCCCAUGCCUGUCCCCAAGCCGUACCAGUCCUUGCCAUCACCGCGAUCCGCUGGGCCCUUAAUGACCACCACUGGGCCUAACGCUCGCUCUCACCGCGGGCCGUCGCAGAAGGAGCCAGUCAUCCUGCCUAGUGCACCUCUUGCCGAGCGCGCCCGACACGAGCGUACGCGCUCGCGCGAGGGUGCUAUGUCGCGCGCAGACGAGUAUCACUCAGCAUCACGUGCAGACAGCCGUUCAGCUUCUCGCAACGAUGCCCGCGCCGGCUCUCGUGCUGAGGAUUACCGGUCUGCUUCGCGUGCCGGACCUUCGCGUUCAGGUUCGCGUGCAGAAGAAGUGCGCGCGGCUUCGCGUGCCCAGCUCGAACGCAGCGGGAGCUCGCAGAGCUCAAAGAGCCAGGACCUCCGCCCAUUCUUCGACAAGUACCAGGCACUUAUCGGGUCCAAGAGCGACCAGACUCAUGGCUCGAUCUAUUCGCCCCGGGCCGAAAGUGACAACCAGAGCGUUACGUCUGCAGGCGAGCCUUCCGCCCUUCCCUGGGCUCAGAGCGAGCCUGACGAGGACGACCCGUUCCAGCGCAUCGAGUACAACCACCGUCGUUAUCCCACGGACGGGAGUAUCGACUCGACCGCGUCCUCGCACUACGGCCCAUCACCAGACGCCGGAAGCUCGCAAGACGAGAUGGUCAUGACGCCCUCGCCAAGUUGGGAGGGAUUAUCAUCUGUGGAUCCGCCCGCCAAGUCAUACUUUGAAAGCCCAAAGCUCACCAAUGACACCAGUCUGCCAAUCUCGUUAGCAGAGAUUGGCGAGGAGGAAGAGGAGGACGAGGGCGAUCGCAUUGUGUGGGGCACACUCAACCCCAUGAGCGCGAACCAUCUCCCCCGCUCAAGUUCGGCGUCCACUGUCACUCCAGCCAACGCGUUCCGCUCCCCAUCGCUUCCCGCGCGUGAGCUCGACCCACCCCGUAUUCCCCAGUCAAUGACUCCACCUCGUAUUCCCCAGUCCAUGACUCCACCUCGUAUUCCCCAGUCCAUGACUCCACACCGUUCGCGCACCGAGCCGCCCCUCUCCUCCUCGCCUCCCUCAUCGCGCCCGAAGCGCACGUGCCAGAAGUGCGGCGAGGCUGUCGGGGGACUACGGCGCUAUGUCGAGCGCGACGGCAUCGUGCUGUGCGAGGCCGACUGGAAGAAGAUGUACCUCCCCGCCUGCCGGCGCUGCAAGCUUCCCAUCGAGAAGAGCGCGGUGUCAUCUUCCGACGGCCAGCUGCGUGGUAAGUGGCACCGCGCUUGCUUCACCUGCACGCGCUGCGACAGCCCGUUUGAAUGCGAUGACUUCUACGUGCACAAGGGCCGUCCCUGGUGCCAGUACCACUAUGCCGAAGAGGCCGGUACGCUGUGUGCCGCGUCGAGUUGUCGGAAGCCCAUCGAGGGCGCAUGUAUCCUCGCUCCCAGUCCCGCCGGGGACCAGCGCUUCCACCCUGGCCACCUGCGCUGCGACCACCGCGGUGGGGUGAGUGGCGCCCAGUCGUGCCGCGAGAACAUGGCCGAGUACUAUGACGUCGCGGGCGAACGCUUCUGCGAGCGGCACGUCGGCGAGGCGAUCCGCCGCGUCGCGAAUGGCGCUGCACCACACCGCGCAGAGAAGCGGCGCACCAAACUCAUCGACAUGUCGACCGGCCUGGCCGCGAUCCAGCCCAUUACACGAUAA